AUAGACUGAGAGUUCGAAAUUUGUAGAUAACUGACAGGCAUAUGUAGAAUAGAUAAACAAGAUUAUACGAUACAGCACAGGGAAAUAUAUACAAGAUCUUGUGGUAGCUCACAGUGAAAAAAAAUGUGACAGUGAAUAUAUGUAUGUUCAUGUAUAACUGAAAAAUUGUGCUCCACACUGGAAUUUGACACAGUGUUGUAAAAUGACUAACUCAAUUAAAAAAUGUUUAAAAAAGGGGGGGUAAAAUCCCAGCCUAAAGCAAAAUAGCAAGUUUUGCCAUUUGGAUUCAGAUUUAGAUAUUUCUUUCUUUUUUUAAUUAAAAAUUGUUUGGGGGGGGGUGAGAGGUAAUUAGGUUUAUUUAUUUUUUUUAAUAGAGGUACUGGGGAUUGAACCCAGGGCCUUGUGCAUGCUAAGUAUGCACUCUACCACUGAGCUAUACCCUCCCCCGCAGAUUUAAGUAUUUCUUAAAGCCCAAUUCUUUGCACAAUGCUUAAAAUUCAUCUAGGAGAAAUGGUUGCUAUAUCUGCAGUGUAAGGGUGCAGUGUGAAUGAAAAUGACAUGUUAUGAUCCAGAGGAUUUGUUGUCUACAUGCUCCAUAACAAGUAGAUUUGUUGGGAGGAUGUCAUGAAUACCCAAAUAAUAAAAUAAUAGUACCCAAUAGCAAACACCUUUGUUAUGUCAGUCAUUGUUCUAAGCGCUUGACAUGUAUUAAUUCAUGGGAUCCUCAUAACUCCAUGAGGUUUGUACUGUUAUCCCCAUUUUACGGAUUUUUUUUUUAAAGCACAGAGAAGUUGUCCAAAGCCACACAGCUAGUAGGUGGAGGAGCUAGGACCCAAACCCUGUAUUCUGAUCCAGACCCUAAGGUCUUAAUGCUAUUUGAUGUUGCCUCUUCUGUAACUAGCCAACAUGUGACAAUUGCCUUAAAAGCAUUAAAGUGUGAGUGUUCUGGUACUUCUGGGAAAGCAGUAUCACUUCCAAAUAGGGUGACAUAGCAGCUUUGCUUUGUGGAGAUGGAAGUUGAAUUAAGCCUUUAAGUUUUGAGUUGGUUCUCCGAAGUGGAGAGGUCUUGCAGGGUGCAGGGUAUUGUGGGCAGAGGAGAUGACAGGCAUAGAAGUUCAGAGUGCAAGAUCAGUGUUGAUUUGUAAAUAUCCCACAGAGACAGAAAUGUCGGGAAUCUGCUGAUAGACCCAAUGUAUGCUGCUUCUGUGUCUGCAACCAAGUGUUAGCAUCCUUGUAAUUAAUCCAGUAGGGAGCUGCCUGAUUGUUAAGGGUCUAUAACAGUGGCUGGCAAACUUUGUCUGUAAAAGGCCAGAUGGUAAAUAUCUUAGGCUUAGAGCAAGGGGACACAUGUUAAGAGGUGACCUCUGAGUGGUGUGGAGGCACCCGUGUAAAGACCUUGUAGGCCAUGGUAGGAGUUCGGAUUUUGUUAUUGUUACAGAAGGGAUUCCAGAUGAUUUUAAUAAUGAAGAAGUAAAGCACAUUGACUCUGGAGCCAGAGUAUACCACUUACUAGCUAUGAGACCUGGGUAAAUUACUGAAAGUCUCCUUGCCUCAAUUUUCUCUUAAGGAAAAUGGGGAUGAUAAUAGAGCCUGCCCUGCAGGGUUGUCAGGAAUACUCAGUGAAUCAGCGUAUAUCAAGUGCUUAGAACGCUGCCUGGCACAGAGUAAGCAGUAAAAUCUGUAAGAUACUAUUAUCUAUACCUUGUAGUAUAUUCCAAAUUUUCUACAGUGAAACUAUACUUAAUGAAAAAUUAUAUAUUGAAAUCUAUAAAACCAAACUGUUAGAAAUAAGAUGAGAGUAUAAGAAAUACUCUAGAGUUGGGAAACUCACUGUCCUCGUUCUGUGCGAGCUCAGGUGGAGGUGCAAGGCUGCCGUGCAAGGUCCUUUGUCAGAGCAGACUUGAGAAGGGAUUUGUGAAUAUCCAUGAAAUGGGACUGGCUCAAUAAGUCACGGCCUGUUUGCAAGACAGGAAACUAAGAGAUUGUUAAAGUGACUACGGUAUACGUAAAGUUACUGAUUUGGAAGAACUUGUUUACUUUUGCUUCUUUGAGCUUUAGGUCAGUUGAAUCGUAUGCUGUAUUCUUUUCUGUGUCUGGCUUUUACUCAUCGUUCGGUUGUGAGAUUUGUCCUCGUGUGUAACAAUAGUUGGGUUAUUCUCAUUGCUGUGUAGUCUUCCUGUGUAUGAAGAACCAUGAUUUAAAGUAUUCACAACUUGUAUUAGUCUUAUAAUCAGAAAAAAUACACAUAGUCUAAAAAAGCAAAAUCUGGUUAAGUUACAGCUCAAAUUGGAGGUAUUUAAUAACUUGAAUUUAUUCCACAAUGUUAGACUGCAUUUCUCUAACUUGAAAGUUCAUUUUCCCUUGAUCUGCCUCUCAUUACUGCCCUGGCGCAGGAUGGAUAAAUGAAUUGGCUCUCUCAUUAACACCCCUCCCGGUACUGUGAGGCCAGCGUUCAAAUCUACUACAAGAUAUAAUAUGCUAGCAUUGCACUCAGUGUCUUUUUGUGGUCGAACAGUUGAAUGACUGAGAACCAUAACCGAGCCUACAUAAUUCUAGAAGAGCUUUUGGCUUAUUUUUCACAUACAUUUAUUUAAAGUUUAAUACAAAAUUUAACUACGGAAGCAAUUGUACUCUCAGCGCUGAAAUGACCUUAGACAUAAUCUCAAUCAGUUUUCACCUGGCAGGGGGGGGAGGCGAUGUCUUUAGAGGUCACCCCGGUCACACACUGUGGUGGAGGCCCAACCCGGAAUAGACUCCCGAAUCACCUUUGGAGGCCGGCAGCCUCUCUGGGUAAAAAGUCUCUGAGCUCCUUUACAGAAGCGGUUAGGAAGCAUGCUGUUGCUCACUUGUUUCCAGCAUUUACUCUGUAGCCUCUACGUUGUGAAGCAUUCAUUUCACAAUUUGAACCAGUAUUUGAUCUUGAUUCUUAUUCCUGUGCAUUGGCAAUAAAGCCCUUCAGUUUUUAAAGGUUUAUUCUAAAUCAGUUAAUGGAAGAACUCUUGUUUUGUCACUCUCCAAAAUUCAGCCAUGACUCCAGUUCAACUUGAGUUGGCAUUCUGAGAACAUAUCCAUAUUAUGUUUAUUAAGGCAAUGUGUGAAGUGACUGUUUUAUGCAUUGCUUUUCAGGAAUAAAAGGUUUACCAGUCCUAGGUGACCAAGCACUUUCACAAAUAAACCCUCCAGCAAGUUUAUAACUAAUUAGGCCCAACUCAGAGGAAGUGGAGCUGCUCCUGUUGCACAAAAAAGAUGUCUAGCGGCUCCAGUGAAAUUGAUGUGCAGGAAAAUACUGUGUCUGACACAGCCUACAACGAAGAGCAACAAAAAACAGUUCUGGAUGUCCUUACUCAUUGCCAGGUCAUCUAUGAUGCUAUUCAAGACCUGGAUAAGAAGUUUGAUGUUAUUCAUGGAAAGGUUACAAAAAUCCACCGUUUUCGUAUGAAGUCAUUGUGGCAAACUCGUAAGCCACUUGGAUAUGCAUAUAAAAAUUAUAAUUACCUGCUUUCUAAAAAGGUCAAAUCCCAGGGAUUGUGGAAAAAGGAACCUGCUGCAUUCUCUUACCCUGAAAGUUACAGCCCAACUAUACCAGUAGGAAGGCGGGACAUUGAUUCCUAUAGCAACUUCGGAGGCAGGUCUUUUCACUCGGACGAGUCCCUGGAUCAGGAGCCAGAGUCCCACUACCAGGAGCAAGAGCUGGGCUUCUGCCAGAGCCCGCCACUUUUCCCAGACUCCUACCAGCCGUGCUGCAUGCCCGAUGAGCCCACGCAGGGCUCCUCUGGGCCCUGCUUCGGCAGCCCAGGAGCCCGCAGCACCAGCAGUGUCUAUUCUUCGGCCCGACCCACCUCGGCCAUGGCCCAGCGUGAGCCCAGUCCGGGACACAACCUGGAGAUGAUGGCGUACCCACCUCUCAUGGAAAACAGGAGCCUUGGCCAGACCACCUCAUCUCUCGGCAUGCCGGGCAGCUUUGCUCCCCCUUCACCAGUUGGAAAUGACCCGGGUAUCCUAAAACAGACCUUCUCUGAUGACCCUUCAACCUGGUCCGUGGAUGAAGUGAUCCUGUUUUUGAAACAUGUAGAUCCUCAGACACUCACCCCCCUCGCUGACCUCUUCAGGCAACAUGACAUUGAUGGGAAGGCUCUGCUGCUUCUCAAGAGCGACAUGAUGAUGAAGUACAUGGGCCUUAAGCUGGGGGCAGCCGUGAAACUGUGCCACUACAUUGAAAGGCUUAAAGAAAAAAAGAAAUUUGUCAAUUGAAAAAAUGCUUGUAGGUUAGAUUGAACUUAAUUCUGGGGAGACCAAUGCUGUCUUUUUUUCUGCCCUUAGAAGUUUUGUUAUGGAGAAGGUUCCUCUAAAAUAUGUUUUAUAUCCAGAAGUGCAGAACCACAUUACAGUCCUGUCUGCUUCCUGAGAAGCCAUUUAACAUGUUAAGAUGAGCAGUGUCACAUUGGUGGUCUUUCUAUCUUUGCAUUAUUUUCAUUGCAUAGUUGACAGAUAUAUUUCAUGCAGUAAACAGAGAAAUACUUUGUUUUUGGUUAAUGUUUAUAUGUAAAACCAAAACUGCUCAAUCCCAGGGGAAAGUAUCAGGGACUGACAGGUUCUCUAAUGAAAUCCAUGAAAAGUUUUCUUUAGAAGAGAAUUUAAAGAUUUAGCUUUAGAUAGCUCUUUCUCACAUAUUUUAUGUCUGUUACUGCAAUGUUCUGUUCACGUUCUAACAGUUUCUGGAAUGGGAAUAGCCAUAUAAAGUAUCUUCCUUUCUGUUAUUAUUUCUCCCUAUGUUGUAUCUGUUCCUAUUCAAAGAAAAAAAAAGCAACCCUACAAGCUUUCAAGAAGUGUUAUUAUCAGUUUUUUUAAUUAUAAGGUAGGUAAAAUAGUCACUUUAUGCAGGAGAUAUUAAACUACCAGGGUGGUUUGGCUAGAGUCUGAUUAUAUUCUUUCUAAUCAGAUACCUAUUAUUUUAAAACUUCAAUAUUUUGCCUAAGUUUGGACAUUUAACUAGGCAUUCAUUGCUCACAUCUCUCCAUGAAGAUGCCUAUGUCCAAAUUUUUAAAAGAUAGAAUUUUUAACAGAGUUUAUUGUCUGUUUAUUCCUCAUGGAUACUGUUUCGUAUUUAUAUUUCAUUCUAUAUCUGAAGUAUACACACAAGUAAAUCUUUUCUUUUUUAAUUUAAAAUGGCACUUUACACUUCCACAGUGGUAAAUAUUAACUCUGUGUAUUAUAGUGAUGUUUUUAUUCUGUAAGACACACGCACAGCACUUGCCAUCACUGGUACCUCUCAGCUCACUCUUCAGGGUUCCCAAACAGGGAAGGUCUGUCUUGUGCAAUGUUUCUAGUUUAUUUGCUUUCUGAGCCACUUACCAUACUAAACUUUGGAAGGUACAUUAAUUCUAAUUUGUCAUUUUAAAUUUUAUUUUAAAAAUUAGAACUUUCAAAUGAAACACGUUCAUUGUCAUUAUUCUGUUAUUUAUUACAUCUUAUAUAAUAUUGGUGUAAUGUUUAUAAGCUAUGAAACUUGGUGCUUAUUGUAUUAACCAUUUGUUAUAAAUGCCAGUAAGAUGUUCAUCAGGGGCAAGAAUACACAAUUUCUCUUUAAAAAACCAAGUGUACUUUAUAAGCAAAGGCAACCAUUUACUGGGCAUAUGUGAUUUAAAGGGUAAUUUCAUCUGUGUUAUUUCUUUUGUGUUAUAAGAUUCUAAUUUAAACCUGGUCUUCUCUCAAAUUGUAUGUGUGAAGAUGCUGUGCCCACUUGAACAGUCCUCAGGUGUUUGUAUAAAUACUAUGUUUUACAGUUUUAAGAUUUUAAAAUAUAAUAAAGUUUAAUAAUCACAACCAUUAA